CGAAAAGUGCCGAGAACAAGGGUAACCUUCAAAUAUAUGAUGUUCGCGAAGAUCCGGAACAAAUUGCCAAAAUGGGCGAAAUAUCAGAACUUCUCGUGGCGGGUGGUUACUUUCGGGCACGAAUCAAAGGACUGCAUAAUUUUGACAAGAUUAUCGGUGGAAUGUGCUGGGCAAUACAAAUGUGCAAUGUUGACCUUGAUAUUGACAUCUUCUACCAGGAGACCUUGUCUAUUGGACAGAAAAUUGCUUUAACGGAAAAGAUUGUCCGCGUCUUGCAGAAGAUGAAGUGCCCUUUCAAGCUUGAGCCCCAUCAAAUACAAGGUCUUGAUUGCAUUCACAUUUUCCCUGUAAUUCAGUGGCUAGUGAAGAAAUCAUUUGAAACUCGCCAACAAACCUCUGACUACAUUCGAGCUUACGCAGCCUGGCAAUUUAACCGACACUACAACCACAAAGACUCAUCAAGCGGCUCUGUGAUAUUUUCAGAUGCGGUAAUGGCCAACCAGCUGGUUGAUCCCAUCAAGGCUCAACUUCGUCGGCGUUUUGUUCAUCCAACGCGUGAAAAGUUGCAGGGGGAGGAUGUGCGCACCAGGACCACCAUGCUCGAGUACGGUGUUCUGGGCACUGGCUCUAGUCAACGACUAAUCACCCAGUCAGGCUCAGAUGCAAGGAGCCCCACCAAGGCGAACCAGUCGCAGGUUUCGCNGUUGCAGGGGGAGGAUGUGCGCACCAGGACCACCAUGCUCGAGUACGGUGUUCUGGGCACUGGCUCUAGUCAACGACUAAUCACCCAGUCAGGCUCAGACGCAAGGAGCCCCACCAAGGCAAACCAAUCGCAGGUUUCGUCCAGUCAGCAGAAGCCUCGAUCGGAGUCUGACAGCCAGAUGGUGGAAAACUUGCUAAGCUCUAUGACUGAAAUGGAUGAAAAUGAAGCAUCAAACUUUGCCAAACUUUCUUCCUCCNAGAUGGUGGAAAACUUGCUAAGCUCAAUGACUGAAAUGGAUGAAAAUGAAGCAUCAAACUUUUCCAAACUUUCCUCCUCUUUUGUUGGCUCAAUUCUCAGCGAAAAUUCAGAGGAAAUUAAAAGAAUUGCUGAAGGGCUUGAAAAGAAAAAUGCCACUGCUUUGAGCAUUGAUGCGCUCUUCUUGAAGAAGGAAGCUAAGCUCAAGAAUGAAAUUUCCAUUCGUCGAGCCGAGUUGUCUAAACUGUCGCAAUCAAAUAUUGAUGAAAAGCUUCAAACAGUCAAAGAAAAACUAGAAAUGAUAGACGGCAAGCUGAAAGAGACUGAAGAAAUGGAGAAGAAUGAGAGUUCUGAAAUGAAAGCUGAAAAACUGCAAAUAACUGAAUUGCUCAGUGCUUUACGGAAGCAAAAAACCGAGCUUAAACAGUUUUGUCGUGAUGAAAAGCAACGACUUGAAGCUCAAAUUGAACUACUCGACAGCAAAAAGGCUGACAAUCCUGAGCUUAGCGACAAAGUCAAAGCAAUUGAUAAGGACUUGCAAGUACACCAGGAAAGACAUGAUAGUAUCAAGAAGAAGCUUGCUGACGUCAAUAAAAGAUACGUAACGCUUCAAAGGAAGUUUGACGAUGUGCCCACCAGAACUGAACUGGGACAGUAUCAAAAGCGCUUUCUUGAGCUGUACAAUCAACUGUCAAACAAACACAAUGAAACAAAAAAGUUCUUCACUUUGUACAACAUUUUGUCUGAAGAGCGCAGCUAUCUGGAGAAAGAGUUCAACUUGAUCAACUCAAUUUUAGACAACUUUAAAAAUGCAAUGGUAAAAGAGGAGUUUGUUGUAAAGUUUGAACAAAUUGUCGAGUCUAUCAUUCAAAACAAGACUAAAAUACAACAACGACUAGCAUUAGAAAAGACAAAGAGAGACCAGCUAAAUACUGAAUACAUCGACUUAGUUGAGCAGCAACGACUUUACUUUAAGGCAGUUAAGGAGUUCAAAGAGGAAUGCAAGAUAAAUGAGCAAUUGCUUGCCCGUUUGGAGAGCAGUUCUACCUGA